AUGUCCAGCUUGUGGCGUACAGAGGGAGGCAGUGAUGGCAACGCAUUGCCAAAAUACGAUAGCCAGCUCAGGCCGGCCGAAGACAUCACAGCAGCAGUUAACAAUGCGCAACCCACAGCCGUUUCUGGGCAUGGAAACACGAAGGAGGGGUUCUCCAGUCUUGAAAGCUCACCCGAAUUACAAGAGUUGUGGAGCAGAUUCCCCGGAUUCCGGUCUCGACUGCGGGAGAUUUACAACCUGACCCUCGAAGAGGAAUGGGUGGAGGAGGCGAAGCCUGACAGCCACGGAUGGGGGCGUGGACGUGGGCGCGGACGAGGCAGAGGCACGCAUUCAUCCAGAGGAGGUGGGAGAAGCAGAGGACCCUGGACACCGGAGAAAGGGUUUAAUCGCGGACUUGGAAAGGUUCGCAAAUGGAGAGAGGCCUGCGAUGACGAUAGUGCUUCGAGGCGCGCCACUGGAGCUGAUGAUGAGGCCUUCAGACGCUUUAUUGCUCUUGUUAUUGAUAUGGAUACCACAGGAACCGGUUAG